ACGCAUCACAAACAAAAAACAAAACAAAAUCAAAACUAAAGUUAAUAAAAUUGAGUUUUCGUGACUUGUAAUAAAAGUGUUGCCAAAAUAUAAUUCAAUGUGAGCAAAUUGAAAUCCACACGCCAUCAAAUAUUUAAUCAUAUCAAGGUUUGAUUGCGUUCUAUAAACAGCUUAAAUGAUAAGAAUCCCCUUGUCAAUCGCACUCGUUUGUGCGAGAAUAUUAUCAUUACCAUUUGUGAUUAUCACAGUGUGAACCUCUCAGUGAUCCCUCUGAACUAAUUCGUAAUUAAUUGCAAGUGCAAUUAAUUUUUCGCGAUGCGUCUUGAGCAGUGAGUUGUGAGAUCAGCAGACGUCGAGUUUAACCUUUUGACCGUAACAAUAAAGUACAAUAAAUAAACACGGUUGGGCGGCGAAUGUGCUGAGAGCUUUGUGCAUGCGCUGAGCGCCGAAGUUUCCUCCGCGUGUGAUUGUGAACUUAAUCGAAACUAAUUUGCGCUCGUUUUCUUCCAUCGCAAAGCCGAGCAUAACAUAACAAACAGUGCGUCAGUGCAGAGGCUUGCUGUAAUUUGGAAGGCAAUUAACAAUUAAGACACUGGACAAGAGUGCUGAAUAAGUUUAAGUUUACAAACUGUGAAGUUGAUGUUGUUUUGUGAUGAAAAUGUGAUCAAUGUGUGCUUGAAAUGUUUGUGCGUGUUGUAAUACCAGUGAUAACAUAUUGACCUCUGGGUUUCUUCUGAUUCCACCCGCUGCAAUCGGAUUAAACUGCAUUUUAUCAGCUCGGAUAUGACUUUCAACUAAGUUGACUUUAAUAGUGUUUAGUUUUGGUUUCUGUUGAACUGUUGUGUUCGGGAAAUCUUCGAAAAUGUGCCAGUUUCAAUUGCAACUAGUCGGAUUAGCGUUGACUUUGUUAGUUUGUAGUGGAUAUGCUCAUGUGGCACAAAAGUUUUGUGAAGGACAGUGUUCAAUUCAAAGGAUUCAUCGGAUGAUGUCUGCGGAUUGUUAUGAUCGGACCUGUAGGAGGAUUCCGAGGAAUUUACAAUCAAAUAUUGAGGUCCUAGAUGUAGCAUUCAACCGCAUUAGAUCUGUCUCCGCCGAAGACCUAAAACCAUAUUCAAACCUAAAGUAUUUAUAUCUGGCUGAUAACAUGAUAACACACAUACAACCAGAAGCGUUAUCGGAUAAAGAUUCCCUGCUUGCUCUGGACCUAUCCCUCAACUCAUUCAGCUCGGAAGCAUCCAUCCCCGAAGUGGUUUUCCAGUUGCCAUCAUUGAAGUAUCUUUACUUAAGUCAAAACCACAACAUCAACAUGGUGGAAGUCAUUGAAAACGCCACACCACUGCGUGCACCAUUGGAAUACUUGGAUAUUUCAUUUAAUUACUACAACGAUGAAGAAUGGUCACUGUUACCUAUCAUGGGAUUAAUGCCUACGUUGAUAAAAUACAAUGUUUCUGGGAUGAGUUUAAUCUUGAACACAAGUCAAUUUGCUGGACUCUGUAACCUGGAAGUUUGGGUAAACGCGAAUAUGAGCGCCCAGUUUAUAAAUCCCUGCGAUUGUUGGAAUUUGGAUCGAUGGCUGAAGGAAAGACGCAUUGUUUAUACCAAUUUUACUAAUCAGUGUGAAGUUAAACAAUCAGAAUGUGAUUAUGUUAUUCCACAAGAAGAUAUGGAUUUAUUCACUUCUUGUAAGAAGGAACAUGCCGAACAGAUUUUUCAGACGAAACUAAAUAAGUCGUUACUGAUUGGUGGAUGUGUCUUGGGUAUUAUCCUGAUUGUUGUCGUGAUUGUACUGUGGAAAUGGCGAAGAACAAAGGUUAAUCAACGGAAAAAGAAGAAUCAGAUUUUGAAUCAUGAGGAAAGCGCCAAUUUAAACACUUUCUGAUUGUUUCUAAUGUUAUUAACACAAACUGCUAUUUUAUGAAUACUAAUAAUUAGUCUUUGUAGUAUAUGUUAUAUUAUUUUAGUACGUACACACAUUGUAAUUAUUUAUUAAAGUGACAAUUUAAUAAAACGUGAUAUAUUACUCUGUAGAUAA